AUGGCCGGACAGGGCACCGGUCCCUCCCGGAGGAGCCAUACGAAGAGCCGCAAGGGCUGCAAAACGUGCAAGCGGCGGCAUAUUCGCUGUGACGAGACGUUCCCGCAGUGGUAAGCUUCACCCCAUCAUUCUACGCGUCCACGUUGAGAGGGCCUCGGCUGAACGACUCUUUCUAGCCGGAAUUGUACGAAACACCAGGUUCGCUGCGACUACAUGGAGACCGUGGGCGCCGACGCCGAAGGUCAGUCGAGCCCCGAGCAGCCAUCCCUGGUGUUCACCCCCGGCACUGAGUCGAGAAUCGAUCUCUGGCAGCAGACCGGCAGCUUCCCUUAUCCAAACCUGCAGGUCUUCCCACCCCCGCAAACCCACGAAUACUCCAAGAACGAGCUCCGCCUCAUCCACCACAUCUCCUCCAUCUCCAACGACCUCGUGGUCAAGGGCACCACCAAUCUUACCAUCUGGACCCAGAAGGUUUCCAAGUUCUUGAGCAUAGCCGCGUCUUACCCAUAUGUCAUGCAUGCCCUGCUAUCCUUCUCCGCCAACCACCUUGCCUGGAGUCGAUCCUCGGAUGAGACGAGGAAUCUCCAUAUCCAUCACGGGACGAUCGCGCUCCGUGGUCUCCAUGAGGCAAUUGGCAGCUUCUCUCACGCCAACGCGGAUGCUGUGCUGGCGGCCUCGCUGCUUCUGCUAUGGCAAGCUACGGACUGGUAAGCUCGCCUCGCCAAUGUUUUGCGAUUUGAAUCGACUAACGAACCCUCUCAGGCGAAGCUGGUCUUCGCUCCGCGCGGGCAUCCAGUCAGUCCUGGCCACAAUGCACACCUGGAAGCAUGAGUCCAUCUUUGCCGAGUACAUCAACGAGGAGGACUUGCUGGCCGGCUCGUACAUCCCGAACCGACAGAUGACCUGCCCUGAAUCAGUCGAACGCUACAGCAUCCUCACGAACGCGGUCCAAUCGCUGCAGCAGCUGCAAAGAGCCCUCAUGGGCCAUGAAGGCGAGUCGUACUGGAUAGGGCAGCUCUUGGACUAUAUUCAGCGUCUGCAGGCAUCUAGCCCGGCACAGUCCCCCGACGAGCAGUUCAGCCACCUUUACUUGCUGCGCAAAUGGUUGUUCUGGGUGCCAGUGCUGUUACUGGAACGACAAGGAGGCCAAGGGCCAGCGAUGCUCACUUUGUCGCACUUCUACGCCGUUGCUCUGGCUCUAGAGCCACUCUAUCCGGACCUUGGAUCGGCUUUCUGCGCAAGACUUGCCCUGGCGCCUCUCGAGACCAUCAUCACCGUGACAGAAGCCAUGCAGUCACAGCGUGUGAUGGAUCAGAAUACGAUGGAGAUUGCGUCCCUCAUGCGCUUCCCGCAGCAGAUGGCGAUGAACUUCAGGAGCAAGAUGAUGGAAAUGCAGCAGGCGGGAAUGGCGAGCGACCCAACACUGCUCCACCUCAGUCCGGAGACACUGAGCUACACGAGCAUUGGCAAUCUUAGCCCGGCCUUCGCGCCAUCUCCCCUUCACAGUCAAGGUGGGCAGUUGGCGAGUUCGCAGUCCUCUUAUCUGGAGGUUCCGACGACCCAGUCGGGCUUCACGUACGGCACGCAGAGUUGGGGCGCAAUGCCCUCGCCGGGCUUCCCACCGCUUGCAUCGCAAGAUGAUCAGCUCUACGGUGGCUACUCGCUCGGCGGCUUUCGAGGAGGGUUCGUAACACCGGCACCCGUUUGGACGUGA